AUGAAGUAUUUAUUAUCAUCAAAGCACAAGUCAAAAGGUAGUCAACAAUCCAUCGAGCAUGAAGUCAAAUCUCCUUUACCAGUCUUGGAAUUAUCUUUCAAUGAUAACUUUCGAAUCAUGCCCGAUCUCUCGCGUCGGUUCACAUUACUUCGUAACAACGCUGGCGGGUUUUUACCGAUUGGAACCGUUCAACAACACCUUGAAUAUCAACGUGAGAGGGGUCAACUCACUCGCUCGGAAGAGAACUUGAUUUUGCAAGAAUUGACAAAACAUACUACAACAUACGAAGAAGAACCUUCAGACUCACAUACCGCAGUGUCAAAGUCAACUGAUCACCUCCCGCCCAGCGCCUCCCCAAUAAAAACUAGCUCGGGCAGCCGCCCUUUCUUCGGCUCAUCUUCAGAACGUGAUAUUGCUUAUUUACAAAAAGAAUUCAAGACAUCUUCUGCCUCGAAAGAGAAGUUCAUUAGAGGCGUGACUCGACUCCCGAAGGAGCCAAUCAUCUCAGAGGAACCCGGAUUUUCUGACUACCCCUCUAUUGAACCUACCUCUACCUCUGUCACUCAGCAGCCUGAAGAGCAAUCUACAAAUCAUACCUCAGAAGACGACGACGAAGAGGAGCUCGUUCUUAGUCCCGUUCGGCUUCAGCGUAUCUCUAUGGCACUGGACCGCAUUUUGGGUGAUCAUUUGGCAUCCCCUAUAUCUGCUCCCAACAUGCGCCCUACUUCUUCAUCCACUAGCGAAUACAUCUGUUCUGGCUCAGCGUCAGGUCAAUCCAACGAAUCUCCUCGAAACCUCACCCACUCACCAUCAAUUUAUCUCGAGCAGAACGCUCAUGGCAGCAAUUCAGCCGAAUCAAGGGUACACGAUGAACUUUUAAAAGCACUUUCAACGACGCCCACUUCGGCUUCGGCCUCACCAAGUCUCAUGACGACAGACUCGUCUUUACGAUGUUCCGACGACUUCAGACCGGAUCCGACAUCGUCCAUUGAUUCUGAUCCAGUAUACUCUUGUGCCUCAUCUCGCGAGCGUCAAUCCAGUCAAUCAUCCCUCACAUCGACUAGGUCAUCAACUGCUAUAUCUUCGUGUUUUCAUGGCUCAUAUGACGAACAUGAACGUAAUACUUUGAUGUGUUUCGAUUUCACUACCUUUGGUGAAGGAGCACAGGCAAAAGACCUCAAGACCUCUCUUGACGCGGGCAUUUUCCCCGACGCUGUUCUCUCCUGUGAAAGUAUCAAUCGUGAUCAGCUGUUUACCGACUCGAACAUCCGAUAUUCCGACCUAAUUGCGAUACAAGAAACUCUGGUAGCAUCCGCUCCAGCCUCCUCUACCAAUGUAUCCUCUCGGAUUCCUUGUGCUAACGAGCCUUCGUUGCCGCCUAAGAAUUCUCUUGGUCGAAGCAAGUCACAAUCGACCGCCUCUCGCGGUAGUCCUCGUAUUGCAUCCCACUCCACCAAUAUCGCGCGACCUACUCGUUCUAGUUCAUUCCGAAAGCAAGUUUCGACCACUAAACUCUCGCGCGGGAUCGGAUCAUGCCAUCGAAUGAGAUCAGCGAGCCAAUCAGCCGAAAGCUCUUCACCUUCAUCAGACCCCUUCAUCAGGGUCUCAUCAGUGUCUUCCUCUUCCAGUAUGCGCCAUCGCUCUAACGGCGUGCCACCGUUGGUAUCAUCCAGCGUGUCUCCAGCACUCACUCCCGAAUCACAUUCCUUUCCAAUCACGCCGGUCCUGUCGCAGGAGUCGGAUCCCAAUCCUCGCCAUCAGAAUCUGCUAGUCUAUGACAGUUUUUCUUCCAAUGACGUGGAUAAGCACCUCGGAAUCCAUCAAGUCUGCCCUCUUCCAGAUGUCAAAGAAGAAGCCCAACCGCUUGUUACCGAUCCUACAUACCCUUCGGUCGAUGACGUUGACGCUGACCCGCCGAUGAAGUCAGAAGCAGAAGAUGCCGUGCCGACGGUAGUGUGGCCUAAAAGGGCUCAACCGGGGCGUGCAAACAGGCCGGUACCCACCACGCUUUUGUUUCGCGAUGUCGAGGCUCAAGCCGUCGCUGCAAAUGCCGCCUUGAGAUGUGCUGCUACUUUGCCACGCGAGCUUCCGGGGAGUGACGGCACGGUCAAAAAGGAAUCUGGACCCAAGUUGAAGAAAGAUAUCAAGAAGAAAAAGUCCAUCAGCAGGGCACAGAUCGGGGCACCUCAGUUGGUUUCCGCAUCGGCUAAUUUGGCCAGCUUGGAACUUGACCAAGCCGCUUUGGUCCUUCGGGCGAAUGCGCAAGCAAAUUCUCCGGAGACGGACGAUCGAAAACGCGGAUCUACUAGAGCCAGUUUUAAGCUUAGGUUAAGGAAGAAGAAGCCGAGUGAUGGGGUCAGCACACCGCUUGAGGACCCAUCGGGCCAUUCAACCGUGCAGGCUCAGGUUAGCACCGGGUGGCCUUCUAUCACCUCAGAAUAUGAUCAUAACGCUUCAGCGACGGCCAGUCCAGCCAUUCCCACUACUCUAUCGCCCAACAUCAGCUCUCCCCAACGGCCUAGUUCAAGAGAUAUAGAUGAAGUCCACGGAGUUGAAAGGUUUAGCAAAACCCAAAGCAAUUCUCUCGGUCACUCAGACGGCACAUUGAAGCAAUCACUCCGCCGGCUUUUGACUUCUCGCGCUCAGUCUAAACCUGCGACACCUUCUUUACCGGCUCUUCCUCGCGUUCCAUCUUUGCAGGGUAUUGACCUGGGUUCCCGGCAUCCGAUAUGGGAAGGCGCGACAGCUGAAGUCAAACAGGAGUCUCAAGAUAUUGCCAAGGAUCCCUUUGGCUCAGAUUGGGUGGAUGUCCGAUCUGAAGCAAUUGAAGCUGUUGCGCCCUUAAAGAUCAUGAAAGUACCCGGAUCCAUCAGAGAUAACACUAAGGGUGGGAAACUGAGGGCCAGGUGGACCAAUGACAGCUCCGAGCAUAUGACUGCUGACUCUUCUCAAGCGGAGGGAACACUGAAACCUCCGCAGGUCUUAGGUGGUUCCGUUAGCGAAAAACGACCGUCAACAGACUCCGUACAGCGUCUACUCAGUGAUUUGGGUUUGCCAUUACAACAAGGUGCCGAUUUAGGCGUGACGAAGGAGAGAGCUGGAUCUAUUCUGGAGACGACUCUGGAUGGGGAGGAGAGGUGGGUUUACCAUUCGGCCGCGGCCAAAGGCAAAGGACGUGCCAUUUUGGAUCAUGAGGCGCCAUUCGACAGAUCUUGUUCAGCCGGCGACAAUUCUUCUCUGUUUCCUCAGACACAGGAUUCUGAGAUAUUCACACGAUCAAUCUCCAAACCCAGCAAGCAGUCAGCUUUCGUCGAUGAUUCGCCUGCGCAGGACACGCUCCCACCGAACGCAGUGCCUUGUAAUCCAUCAAAUCCUGCUCGCUUGCAUGCCUCCUUCCCAAUAUUACCCCAAGAUCUUGAUGGAGUAGGCGUUGCGGAUCCAAGCAACUUGAUGGUAACUGCCCAGAAUCACGAUGACACGAGAAGUGAUUACGCAGCCUCUAUAUUUGAUCUUUAUGAUCGCCCUGAGUCUUCAAUCUGGGAACAACCUUCUGAAACUAAUUCCUUAUCCCAUGGCGAAAAGAUGAACCGUCGUAGUUGUGCCGCCCCCACCAAGUCAAAAGCGCUGGAUCAGUCUUUCUUGGACAUCACUGGAUGCCCUAGCGAUCAGGGGCAUUGUCGGAGCAGUAUGGCUAGUAGCAGUAGCAGUGGUAGCGAUAACGGAGCGAUUGGGGUUUCGGAAGGAAGAAGUGAUGAUGAUGUGAUGAUGAUUAUGAACAAAUUCCGGAAGGAUGUGACUUCUAACAGGGCAUCGACUGCAUCAGGUUUAUUUCCAGCAAUCCCAGGUCCAUAUCGUUCUAGAAAGCCAUCUAAGGUGAAUGUUGUACAUGACGGAGGACGUCGUAAGACAGUAGUGGAAGAUGAGGAAGAUGAACAGAGGGUUUGGAAAUUGAUUUUGGGAGGUGAUUGAUGAAGAGGACUUCACUAUCCAAGUUUCAAUUUGACUUUUUUUGGCAUGCUUCUUUUUUGAAGAAUAUUGAUUUUUUGUUUGUCAUUGAUGUAUUAUAGUUUUUCUUAUCACUCUUUUUUAUGAGUCGUUUUUUUGUUGGUCUCAGACUUCUCACAUAUAUAUAUCUAGUGAAUGAAGGAAGAAUAGAAGGUGAAGGAGAUUUGAUUUGAUUGAUUUUCAUUUUGUUUAGAAUACAGAAGUGAAAGUGUUUGCUGGAAUCAAUCAUGAUUAGUUUCUUUAACUUGUUAAGUAGAUUUUUAUUAUUGAAUAACAUGUUUUCUGAAGACAAAAGAAAUGUGACAUAUAUAUAUAUAUAUAUAUAUAUUAAC